CGGACACCUUCCUCUCCUCCUCAACAGAGAUGGCAGUAAGCUCUCCAAGAGACAAGGAGAUAUCUACAUACAGAGUUUCCAGAGGAGUGGGGCCCUACCGGAAGCUCUACUGGAUAUCACCACACACUGUGGAUCUGGCUUUAACAGUAACCGUGUGGGUCGUAAGAUGGAGGAACUGAUCGCUGAGUUUAACCCGUCUAAGAUCACCACCCACUCUGCCCUGCUAGACCCGGACAAACUACCUGAGUUUAACAAGAUCCACCUGCAGCAGCGUAUCGAUGACGCGGUGCAACGUGAUUGGCUGGUGAAGGAUCUGCAGGGGCGGAUCCAGGAAGUGUACGGAACACAGGUCCAGGAUCAGGAUGUUCUGCAACCAGAUUACAUCACAAGGGUUCUACACCUGCGCAAGGGUCAUAUCUCCUCUGUGUCUGACCUGGUGUCCUCAGAGUAUUCCUACCUGUGGGUUCGACCUUCUUUCUCUGACCAACAGAUGGCAGCACUCAGCUCAGAGACACAACACAUCGCUACUCUUGUCAUACGGUUGAUGGAAGGUCUGAAAGGAGGUGAGGAACUGACAGUAGACCAGCUCAGUGUACAACUGAAGACUCUGGCUAAGAAAGAAACAAACAAGGCACCACACUAA